CCGCUCAUCUCUCCCCAAGCAGUCGCGCGCCGUCUCCGCAGCCGACAGACCUCACCGCCUGCAUCAGCCAUGGGUAUCGAUUUGGUGGCCGGAGGUAAGAGCAAGAAGACCAAGCGCACGGCGCCGAAGUCCGACGAUAUCUACCUCAAGCUUCUAGUCAAGCUGUACCGGUUCCUUGUUCGGAGAACUGGAAGCAAGUUCAAUGCGGUGAUCCUUAAGCGCUUGUUCAUGAGCAAAGUGAACAAGGCCCCACUUUCCCUAUCGAGGCUCACCCGUUACAUGCAAGGAAAGGAGGAUAAAAUUGCUGUUGUUGUGGGCACUGUGACCGAUGACAUCAGGGUCUAUGAUGUGCCAGCUAUGAAGGUUACUGCUCUUAGGUUUACAGAGACUGUGAGAGCAAGGAUUGAAAAGGCAGGAGGUGAAUGCUUGACAUUUGAUCAGCUUGCUCUCCGGGCUCCCCUUGGACAGAACACGGUUCUUCUCAGGGGUCCAAAGAAUGCUCGGGAAGCAGUGAAGCACUUCGGCCCUGCUCCUGGUGUGCCUCACAGCCACACAAAACCAUAUGUGCGGUCUAAGGGGAGAAAGUUUGAGAGGGCUAGAGGAAGGAGGAACAGCAGGGGAUUCAGAGUUUAAGUUCCAUUUUGAUACUUGUGAGCAGAACAUUCAUUUCAAAUUGACUCUUCAAAUUUUGGCUGGAGUUAGGAACAUUUGGCGCCUUUUUUGUAUUGACUGUUGCGAUAUGCUUAUUUCACCAGGGUUGGUUUUAGAAAGCUUCGUUUUCUUAUGUCUUACUGAGAAAUUGGUGUGUUUUAGAAGUAAUUGGAACGGUGGUGGUUCCACUACUUUCUUAAAUGCAAUGUUUUGCAGUUGUUAAA